UUACUCACUUCCAACAUAGUUUUAUUACCCAAAAAAUGAAGCUAAAGAAUUGUAUUCUCCCUUUGUUUUUCCUUCUUCUUCUCAUAUCCUAUUCUGUAAUUGCUACUGAAACAUCCAAAGAUGAAAAGAAGAAGGCUAAUGAAGUGAAAGAAACAAGCAAAGAGGAGGAGCCAAAGGAAACGGACCAGUACGGAGGCCGUUGUCGAUAUGGCUGCUGUGGUGGUUGGGGCCGCUAUGGCUGUCGUAGGUGUUGCACGUCCGCUAAUGAAAAAGUGGAAGAAAUAAACAGCGAGGAGCCAAAGGAAACAGACCAAUACGGGGCCGGAGGCCGUUGUCGAUAUGGCUGCUGCGGUGGUUACGGCCGCUAUGGUUGCCGGAGAUGUUGCACACCUCAAGAUGCUGUAGUUGCGGAAAAAGAUGAUCAUGCAGUGGCUGGUAACAGAGAUGACGGUUAUGGUUACGGCUAUGGUGGACAAGGUGGUUACGGCUAUGGCUGGGGAGGCGGCGGCUAUGGUGGACGUGGCGGUGGCAGCUGGGGAGGACGUGGAGGCGGCGGCUGGGGAGNGUUUGAGUUUCACAGAAUCUGA